AUCCCAUUCUGUAAGAAGAUUCUGGUGAAUGCGUAGAAAAGGAAAAUAAACAGUUUAGGGGUGUAAAAUGUUGGGUGUAUUCAGCAGCUCCAUCGUUUCGCCGCCGGACGAGCUCGUGGCCGCCGGCAGCCGAACCGCGUCGCCGAAGACGACGGCGGCGGCGCUGUGGAAGCGGUUCCAGGAGAAAAACGCUUCCACAGUGUCGGUGGAGAUCGGAGAGCAUGUCCACCUAGCUUAUACCCAUCACAACGAGUCGCCGUUUCAACCCAGAUCUUUUGUAGUGAAGGAUGAGGUAUUCUGUUUGUUUGAGGGAGUCCUUGAGAAUUUGGGGCACUUGAGACAACAGUAUGGACUGGGGAAGUCAGCCAAUGAAGUAUUGUUGGUGAUUGAGGCUUACAAAGCUUUGCGUGACCGAGCACCUUACCCUGUUAAUCACGUUGUUGGCCAUCUCAGUGGGAGCUUUGCGUUCAUACUGUUUGACAAAUCCACUUCCACCCUGUUUUUGGCGCAGGAUCAAUAUGGUAAGGUACCUCUGUAUUGGGGAAUUACUGCUGAUGGCUAUGUAGCAUUUGCUGAUGAUGCAGAAUUGCUUAAAGGUGCUUGUGGCAAGUCACUUGCUUCUUUCCCUCAAGGAUGUUUCUACUCCACAGCUGUUGGAGGAUUGAUGUGUUAUGAAAAUCCUAAGAAUAAGAUCACUGCAGUUCCUGCUAAGGAGGAGGAAAUCUGGGGUGCAACCUUCAAGGUGGAAGGGCCAGCAGUUGUUGCAGCCAGACAAUAGAGGUUCCUUUGGAGAAAUAACCACUGCAAUGAGGCAUAUGAAUGGAGUACCUUAGUUCUAUCAGUAUUUUUCUUAUCAGCACUUGGUUCUAUCAGUGUACAGUAACGCUUGUCAAUCUAAUAAAAACUCCUCUGCUUCUAAA